AUGCUGUAUAAUCCAGAAGCAGAGCGCGGAUGUGUUAGUGGACCUCAAACUCGGCCAAUGCUGCGGACAUGUGUACUGGUGCUGAUUGUGGGUGUUGCGGCCGCAUUCGACUCCUCUGAAAUUCGGAUGCUUGAGGAUGGAUACCAUGUCGAAAAGCGAGCCGCUCCGAUUCAUCUGCCCCGGGAGGAACGUUCGUUUGAUGAAAAUGCGGGUCCAUUGAUCCGAUUCGGCAAACGAGAUUCACAAGGAGCACCGCUAAUCAGAUUUGGUCGUGCGCCUGAAGCACAACCAUUGAUCCGUUUUGGAAAACGCUCCCCGGACAGCGCUCCACUUAUUCGAUUUGGUAGAGAUUCGGAAGCCCAACCUCUCAUUCGUUUCGGUAAACGAUCUCCAGCAGCUCCGCUCAUUAGAUUUGGUCGUUCCGUUUCUGCUCCACUCGUUAGAUUUGGACGAUCUGUGGAAGCUGUGCCACUUCUUAGGUUCGACGCUCAGAACAAUCGGUGCUUGGUCGAUCUCACAUCGCUAUUGAUUUCCUUCCAUCGUCAUCCACACUCGCCACAUCGGAACAUACUUCUUACAUGUCUCAUCUCUUCUCCUACAGUUGUUCCAUCGCCGAAUGUUGUUAAAGCAGAGAGUAAAGUCCGUCAGAGAAGCUACGGAUCAACUGACGGAGACCAAGAUCUUCGUGCCCAUCUGUUCGACUCGACAGUCCUUCCAGCGCUCUGUUACGCAGCGGAGACGUGGGCAGACACCGCGGCCACGUCUAGGAAGCUAUUUACUACCCACAGAGCCCUUGAGAGAUGUCUCCUGAAGUUUAACCGGCGCACACAACACCUAGCCGGUUUUCGUAGCUCCGACUUAAGAGGAAUGUCCCGUCUUCGCGACCCAGCGGAAUAUGUAUCGAAAACAAAACAUAGAUGGGCCGGUCACAUCAUGAAAAGAAUCGACGAUAGAUGGACUAAAAGAACGCUAGAGUGGAUCCCAAGGGACGCUAAACGCCCCCGAGGGAGACCGCCAACGAGAUGGGGUGACGUGUUCGCUACACGGAUGGACCAGCUGAGAGCUCAGCUGGAUACGGCUCAAGGACCUCGUCAACGUCACUCACGAAGCUUGAGAACAUCUUGGAUGACAAUGGCGAGGGAACGAAACGAGUGGAAGAGAUGCAGGGGCCCGCACGUCCAGUGA